AGUGAAGAGAGGCCACAAUCAAUCUGACGCACAGCAAGAGACACAAGAAUCUUCAGGGACAGAAAAAAACGCCAGACGCUCAGAGUUGCCAGAGGAAGAAGGGAACUCGAAGCCAUUUCAAACCUGCAGAGUGAGAGUACGACAGGAGGGAGUGGACCUGUAAGAGACUUAGUAGAAGAAACAGAGUGAGUGAGAGAGCAGCAGAGGAGGAGGUAGAUUGGAGGUCUGCUUUUCUCUGAGUGAGAUUAUCCAAGAUUUUCCUACCGGUUGUGUUUGUGCCUGGAAGCAGGUGCAAUGCCUGCCACGUCACAAGAGCAGGUGGGCAGCAGGGGGCGAUGUGCACCUCUCCUGCUGCCUCUGCUCUCUCUCCUCCUGCUGUUCCUCGCUCCCAAACCUGGGCAAGCCACCAUCAACAUCCCAUCUAAAUACAAAAUUAGAGACCUAAAAAGCCCCCCAGUGAUAACUGCACAACCACAGUCUGUCACCACCUUUUCAGCAGAUGACAUCACACUCACCUGUGAAGCAACUGGGAAUCCUCCACCCACGUUCCGAUGGGUAAAAGAUGGUGUGGAGUUUGACCCAUCUCAAGACCCUGACCUUUCAGUGUCAAGAGAUUCUGGAACUUUUUCAUUGACUGCCAAGGAUGGACCGAUCCACCAGUACCAGGGCCGUUAUAGCUGCUACACGUCUAAUGAGCUUGGCACAGCUGUGUCUAACGAGGCUCACAUCAUCACAGAUAACACUCCCACUUUACAGAAGGAGAAGAAGGUGUCAAAAAAAGUGGAGGAAGGAGAGAGUGUGGUGCUUCCCUGUAACCCUCCUAAUAGCACUGUGGCACCAGUCAUACAUUGGAUGGAUAAGAGACUCAGGCACAUUCAGCAGAAUGAGCGUGUAAUUCAGGGUCGAGAUGGAAACCUGUACUUCUCUCAUGUGACUGCGGCAGACAGCCGUGAAGACUACACCUGCAGCACUCAGUUCCUCAGUGCCCGUAUCAUCGUGCUCAAAGAGCCCAUCAAGCUGACUGUUGUCCCCUCUAAUUCGGUUGUGCGUAACAGAAGGCCGCAAAUGAUGAGACCCUCUGGGUCCCGCAGUUCCUACCUGGUACUCAGUGGGCAAAACCUGGAGCUGGAGUGCAUUGUACAGGGCCUGCCCUCUCCCAAAAUCAAUUGGAUCAGGAUAGAUGGAGUCCUGUCUGAGUCUCGCACUUUCAAAGACAGUUAUGACAGAGUGCUACGCUUCAAGAAUAUCUCUGAGUCUGACAGUGGCGAGUAUCAAUGUUCUGCCACCAACCUUCAGGGCAUGACCACUCACACCUACAGCAUCACUGUAGAAGCUGCCCCAUACUGGACUAAAGAACCAAAGAGCCAGCUGUAUGUACCAGGAGAUACAGUCAAACUGGAAUGUAAGGCUGACGGCAUUCCCAGCGCUGUGGUCACCUGGAGCAUCAAUGGCAAUCUUCUUACUGAUAUUGACCCAGACCCCAGACGCAGUGUAAAACAUGGCAUACUCACUCUGAAGAAUGUAAAAAUCAGCGACACAGCAGUGUAUCAGUGCAAAGCUGCUAAUAAGCAUGGAACAGUCCUCAUCAAUGCCUACGUCUAUGUUAUAGAACUACCCCCUAAGAUUCUGACAGAGGAUGGCCUCAUGUAUUCAGUGGCAGAAGGACAGGCGAUCGAGUUGGCUUGUGAGACCUUUGGCUCUCCUCUGCCUAAUGUCACAUGGGAGUCCUGGGGUGCUCUUAUAGCCAACCCUAGGAUGAGUCAACUAUCUGAUGGUUCUCUACAAAUCAGUAAUGCCUCUCUUAAUGACAGUGGCCAGUAUACUUGCACUGUCAGCAAUAGCAAAAUCACCAUCACAGCUGAGCUUGAUGUACUCAACAAAACAGUCAUUGUGAAACCUCCAUUGGCUCUGCGAAUCCAGCGGGGUAAACCAGCCACCCUCACCUGUGAGUACCAGGUGGACUCCAGACAGGAUGCCCCUCAAGUCCAGUGGAGGAAGAAUAGACAAAAGCUCUCAGAGUCCUCUGAUUCAGACAGAUACAUGCUAGAUGAAUCCACCCUCAUAAUACCUGAUGUCGAGGAAGAGGAUGAAGGGAUAUAUACCUGUGAGGUCAUCACAAUGCUGGAUAUGGCUGAAGCAAGUGGAUCCAUCACUAUAGUUGACCGACCAGAUCCUCCAACCCAAGUCCUGAUGACCGAACCUAAAGAACGCAGUGUGGCUCUCAGCUGGACACCUGGAGAUGAUCACAACAGCCCUGUGCUAGAGUAUUUGAUUGAGUUUGAAGAGACAGGAUCUGAAAGACAGGAAUGGGAAGAACUAGCCCGUGUGUCGGGCAGAAAUCGCAGAGCUACCCUUCCCCUGAAGCCCUUCAUUUCUUACCGUUUCCGGGUCAUCGGCAUCAAUGACAUCGGCAAGAGUGACCCAAGCAUGCACACAGAGCCCUAUUCCACACCAGCAGCUCCUCCAGACAGCAACCCAGAAGGAGUGCGCAGUGAUUCCAUCGACCCAGACACCCUUGUCAUCACAUGGAAGGAGAUGGACAGGCGUAGUUUCAAUGGCCCUGAUUUUCACUAUAAAGUAAUGUGGAGAAAGGUUUUGGGCAGUGGUCCUUCCUGGCACACCAACUACACAACCUCUCCACCCUUCAUCGUCACAGAUGUGGGCAACUUCACUGCCUUUGACUUAAAAGUUCAAGCUAUCAAUGAGAUUGGAGAUGGUCCAGAUCCCAAGUCCACCAUUGGAUACUCUGGAGAGGACUACCCUCUUGAAGCCCCACUAGAUGUUGGAGUAGCCCUGAUCAACAGCACUGCCAUUAAAGUGACGUGGGCAGCUGUGAACAGAGAGACAGUGAGGGGUCAUCUACAGGGUUACAAGAUUUAUCUGAUGCACUAUGGACCUGAAAGCAGACACCUCAGACGGGAGCGUGUCAGGGAGGGGAAGCCAUCCAAUGUCUCGGUUGUGACCACGGGCAGUUCGGAGGAGAGGAAAGUUCUAGGAGAUCUACAGCCCUACUCCCAUUAUGCACUUGCUGUCAGUGUCUUCAACAAUAAAGGAGAUGGACCCCAGUCUGAACCCCUCACUUUCCACACACCGGAGGGAGUACCUGGUCCUCCAUCAUCUCUGAUGCUGGAUAGCCCCUCAGAAACCGAAAUUACACUGCACUGGACUCCACCCACCCAGCCAAAUGGAGUCCUGAUUGGAUACUCAUUACAGUAUCAACAAGUUGACAAUGAAGACGGUCCUAUGCAGGUAGAAAUUAUUAGUGGCCACAGUGCAUCUCACUUCACCUUAACAAAGCUUGACCCUCACAGUCGUUACCGCUUCUACAUACGAGGGCGCACUGCUGCUGGGGAAGGCCUGCCAAUCAUUAGAGAGGGAGCCACUACACUGGAUGGAGGUCCUCCCUCCAACAUUAGCCUAUCGAUUGGAGAGACAUCAGUCAAUCUGACUUGGGUGUCCAAAGAGAGACAAAGAAGCGUGGGUUUCCUUAUUCAUUACCUGAGAAAAGAUGGCAGGGGUAAAUGGAAGCGUUCUGAAAGAGUGAACACCUCUCAGUCAUUCCACAUAUUGCAGGGGCUCCAGCCCGGAUCCCAGUACCGCCUGUACUUUGACUUCAGCAACAAAACUUUCUGGGAAACUGAGAUUGAGACAGCGGGAGCAAGAGUCAUGGAGGUGCAGGGUGCUUUUGUCACCGAGGGCUGGUUCAUUGGACUUAUCAGCGCACUAGUGCUGUUGCUACUGUUACUGCUCAUUCUCUGUUUUGUAAAACGGAGCAAAGGUGGCAAAUACUCUGUUAAAGACAAAGAAGAAGGCCAGAUAGAUUCCGAAGCGCGGCCAAUGAAUAACGAGGCUUUUGGGGAGUACAGAUCGCUGGAGAGUGACAAUGAGGAAAAGCGGACGGCGAGUCAGCCAUCUCUGUGUGAAGACAGUAAGCUGUGCACCGACGAUGCACUAGACGACUACCCCAACAGCAACAGCGUGCAGACUGAGGUGAUCAUGGACGAGUCACUGGCCAGUCAGAGCAGUGGAGUUCGAGAUGCUCCUGACCCUGAGACUCAGGAAAGCUCCCCUCUAAAUCCUGCCACAACCAUCUCCCACCAAGGCCUGCCCAACUCUGCUGCCCUCCUUGAUUAGAGCUGAGCAUGCCUGAGACCAAAUGUGGAUUCACACACGUGCCCACUUGUUGCAACCCUUCAUGACUGACCAAAUUAUCAACAGUCCACAAUAUUGACACUUACAAACCAAACAGAUGCCAAGAAAUAUAGCAGAACCAUUGCCAGGACUUACUUCAGACAUAAUUGGACCAACACAACACUUUUAACACAGCCAGAAGGAAACAUUCGACAUCCGACAUCAAACGUAUAAGGACUGCCAUGCUCAUUGUUUACAGAUAUUAUCUCUCAUUUUGUGAUUGCGAUAUUGUCGUUUACAGUUAUACACAAGAACAUCCCAUGUAACUUACAGAAAAUAAUUAUUUGAUAAUUCAGAUACAAAUAAUGCAGAUGCCGAGCUCUUAUGGUGGAUGCUGAAUCAAAUAUGGAGUUGGAUUCAUCUGUAAUCCUAUAACAAGUGUUGUGGAAGGAGAACAGGUAGAGCGAGGGACUGAGGGCCUUAAAAUCACGAGUAAGUGCACUGUGCAAGCAUAUUGACAGCUCAAGCUGGAUAUUGAUUGCAAAAUUUUAUCAACUAAUUGUGUUUUGUCCUUUUCUACCAUUUUUGUUUCUAAAGAAGGCAUCAUUAUUGUUUGAAGACUUGUUUGUGGCAUUUUUUUAAUUUAUUUUUAAUUAAUUUUUUUACUCAAGAAAAUGUUUAAUGUCGUGCUUUGUCAUCUACUCAUAAUUCAUUGUAAUAUAUUUGUGAUUCAUUAACAUAUACAUAUCCACAUGCCCUCAGUUAAAAUAAAAGAUUUCCAUAGUGUAAAUAUAUGAGAUGCAAUGAUUCUACGACAUAAGAUCGUUUAUAGCAAGCUGUACAUAAAAGCAUCUAUCAAUUUAGCCAAAUACAGUAUUAUAAUAUAUCUUCUCUCAUCUCUCCAUUGGUUCCAGUGCCUGCCUACAAAAACAUACUCAACCAGAAAUGUUCCCACCACCAGGGAUAAUUCACCCAAAAAUGCUAAUCAUUUACUCACCUUAUGUUGUUCCAAACCUCUUUUGAAUUUCUCUUUUUUCCAUAUAGGACGAUAUUAGGCAGAAUGCUAGGGACUGACAGUCUCAGUCACCAUUCACUUACUUUGUAUGGAUAAAAUAUGUAAUGAAAGUGAAUAGUGACUGAGGCAAACAUUCUGUCUAGCUUAUUUUGUGUACCACGGAUGACAGAGAGUCAAGCUGCUUUGAAACGACAUGAGGAUGACUAAAUGAUGACAGAAUUUUCAUUUUCGAGUGAAAUAUGCCUUUUUAAGCAUUUUCCACCACCACACAUUUGUCUGUUUUUGUUUAUUUUAAAAAAAAAUUAUUAAGUGUAUUAGUCUGUAUUGACAGUAACUCUCUUGCAGUCCUGUUAGUGUAAAGCCAUAAGAAUACACGCGUAAGGUGCGUAGUAAGUUGUGAGGUAGUCAUGAGGUAGAUAGGGUUGUAAGAGAGAACAAUACACUCAGAGACGUAUAUAGUUUAGUUUGGUUAUGUAAAAUGCAAUCAUGUAUGUUCUGGCUUGUGUCUUACUACACAGAGAAUGUAUGCUUUGUUUGGAUGGGAAAUAUGAUUCCAUACCAGUAUACCAAAUAGCAUUUGUUCCUUUUUGCCUUUUGGUUACAAUGAUUUCUUGUUUGAUAUACAAAUAUAGCAGAAUAUAGCACUGAAAGAAUCUAUGGCAAAGAGGGGCACAGGGGAAAAAAUGUCCUAAGGGGGUAGUUGACCCAAAAAUGAAAAUCAUUUCAUCGUCCACAUACUCAUUCCUAACCUGUAAGACUUGUUUUUUUCUUUUCUUUUGGAAAUCACAUUUAUUGUAUGGAAAAAAAUAACAAAAUUGAACUUGUUUCAUGAAAGGGUGAAUAAGUUAUGACAGAAUGUCUUUUUUGGGUAAACUAAACCUUUAAUUUUCAGAUGAAUGUAAAUAUAACCCAAAAGAUUGUCGAUGACGUUUGAAACUGUCUUAUAUUUUAGGUUUUGUAAUCGUUCAUUCGUUUCAUUUUUGUAACUUUUUUUAAACAUUAGAGUAACUUGUUAGUUGUGAUAUGAGUAGAUAAGUAGUGCUGUGCAUAGUUUUCAGAAACAAAGAAAAUGUCCUUUGAUAACUAAAUGUUGCAGGUUCUGAUUAAAAAAAUACAAUUGUAAAAACAGAUUGGAUAAAAAAGACAACAAAGCACCAUAACUUUCAUCUAAUUGAAGUAACUGACAAAACAAGAUCAUACUGAUAGUUUCCUGAGUGUGGAAGAAUGGCAGUAUUGUGUGUAUCUGAUUCAAGUAUAUCACUGCAGUGGUGGGGCAAAAGAAAGGAUGCAGUCGUUGUAUUUGUACCCUGCACACACAUACACUCCCAGGGUGCAAUAUGCACUGAAUCAGAUCUAAGAGACCACUGUCUUGCAGUUACUCCCAGUCCUUUGGGACAGCUGUGGUGGCCAGACUGCUCUGUUUUUAUUCUUAUCUGUGUUCGCUUCCUCCACAAAAGCUAUAUAGAAACACUCAGGACAAAAGUCCGUUAGAGAUCUAUUUUCUUACAGGAGGGGGGCAGUGAUGCAAAUUAUAUUCAAUUCAAUAUUCAACUGAACUGCUGCUAGACUUGUGUAUUUUGUCAGUGUCUUGACUGUGUAUUGAGAAUGGAGAUGAAUUCACUUUCAGAUAUCCACUAUACUGCCCUCUACUACUGCAAGAGAAUUGAGGGUGCCGCUUAAAGUCAAUAUUAAAUAUAUAUAGACCCUAAUUACUUUCUAAAUACACAUUCUUGAUCUCAUUGUGAACUAUUCAUUGGUGCAUGUUAUUUUAAAGAAUAAAACGGUCUACGCAAUCUUUAAUCAAAAUGUAAUAAAUUGUUCUGACUUUCCUUUUUGGCUGAUGUCACCAAAGCUUUUUAUUUUUCAACCCCUCCCCUUAACUGUUUUUUUUUCACUAUCCAAUCAAAUCUCCCUUUCAUUUGGAAAUGACACAUAAUGGAAAUAAAAUGGGUUGCAAAUGACAUUUCAUGUUGACUUUAAGGCUUAAUUAGUGAACAAUCAUUGCCAUAUUUGUUAUUUGUCAAAUGUAUGCAUUGGAGCUCAUAGUCCAUUUAAAAUGCAUCUUAAACUGGCUUCAUCUACUGUAGGCUUAAUGCAAAUAUAAGCUUGACCUCUAAUAAGUCUUUUCCUCUUGUAUGUUCUGUUUGUUACUGCAUAUGAUGUGACAAUAAAUGAAGGACCAGAUGUUUAGGAUUGAGUGAGUCUGUGGGACUGUCGUUGGCUGGCCACACCCCCCUGCGGUGUUUGUGUGUACUACAGCAGUGAAUGGACUGAAGGGGUUUGUGAUGGUGGGCUAAAUUAACUAGCUAUUAACUGGAUUAUGCUAUUGUAUCUGCAUCACCGAAUAGCCAGUGUCAGUACAUACUUAUUGAAUAAAAUCAAUGGAAUCAUGUUCAUC